CUCUGGCCGGGCCGCACCCUCUCCGUUGUCGUGGCAACGCCCACUCUCUCUGAGGCCCGCCUCCAGGGUGGUGCCGGCAUUGGGUCCCGCCCAGCUACGUUCAAUUUCCGCUCGGGGAAAGACCGCUUCCGGUCCCUGUGGCGCUCGCCCAGAAUUAUGGCUACGUCUCCGCCUCUGCGGGUCUUGUGUCUGGCGGGUUUUCGGCAGAGCGAGCGGGGCUUCCGCGAGAAGACUGGAGCGCUGCGGAAGGCGCUGCGGGGCCGCGCAGAGCUCGUGUGCCUCAGCGGCCCGCACCCGGUCGCGGACGCAGCGGGCCCUGAGGGCGCCGGGCCAGACCCCGGGCCCUGCCCUCCGGAGGAGCAACCUCGAGGCUGGUGGUUUUCCAAACAGGAGGCAGACGUUUUCUCGGCACUGGAAGAGCCCACGGUGUGCAGAGGUCUGGAAGAAGCCCUGGGAACGGUGGCACAGGCACUGAGCAAGCUGGGGCCUUUCGAUGGGAUCCUUGGUUUCAGCCAGGGGGCCGCGCUAGCAGCCCUUGUGUGUGCCCUUGGCCAAGCCGGCGAUCCCCGCUUCCCUUUGCUCCGGUUUAUCAUCCUGGUAUCUGGUUUCUGUCCCCGGGGCCUUGGCCUCAAGGAAGCCAUCCUGCAGGGCCCCUUGUCACUGCCUUCCCUCCAUGUUUUUGGGGACACCGACCGCGUCAUCCCCUGUCAGGAGAGUAUGCAACUGUGUAGCCGAUUUGCUGGAGCCAUCGCCCUCACCCACUCUGGUGGCCACUUCAUUCCGGCAGCCGCGCCCCAGCGCCAGGCCUACCUCCAGUUCUUGGACCAGUUUGCAGAGUGAAAGAUCAACAAAUGCCUUUGCCUCUGCAUUCCCUCUCCACCCCCCACCCCCUAAUGGGGACACAUGACCUUGAUGCAGCCUCUGUAAUCCCUGUCCUCCCCUUCUUUCCCCUACUGUGAUCUCAAGAGACAAAUAUCAAUACUUAAGACUCAUAUUAUAUAACCCCAGCUCUGCACUCAAGAAAAAGAGGAUUAGGAAGCCUGAUGGACUUUGGCCAUGGCAUCUGAUAGUCAAAUACGAAAAAGGUCAGUGGAGCCCUGGAUGAGUGGAGGGUAACACGGAAAGCAGAGACUGGCAGCACUGUGACUGCUACACAAUAAAGUGGUGAUUUGGAAUUUGAGCAUCUUUUCCCUGGUAUACACAGGAAAACUCAUUUUAUUUAAAAAAAAAAAAAAAAAAGUGGAUUCCUGGCCAUCCACACAGCCUCCAGGGCAGCAGCAAGCAGGGAGGUGUUUCCAGUUAUGAACCCUCAGGACAAGCUCACGCAUGUGUGCACGCAGACACUUACACAUUACUGGUGAAGUCUUAAGUCCCAAUCUGAAAGAAAGGAGGCCUCCCUGAAGCAGGGAAGAAUUUACAUCUCAGAAGUUUGGGGAAGAGAUCAAUUGGCAGGGCUCUGCCUGGGCCAUACUGAGUUUUUUUGGCUUCCUCCAUCCUGAUCCCUAAGAGUUGUGUGUCGGCCUGUCAAAACCUGGCUUGAUAUGUUCUCUGCUUUCUCCACCCUAACAGUCUUACCCCUCCGAACCAUGAGCUUGAAGGGUGGGAUGGUGCUAGACCUUGAUGGAAGCCAAAGACAGCACAGAGGUAACCUUCUUCCAAACUUGACCCUAUUUGCAGCGUUUGAGAUUGAUGCUACUCUGUAGAGACUGCAGCCAAGGCCUAAGCAGCCCAUCUGGUUUGAAAGUGCUGUUAUUCCUAGACACUCUAAAAGACUGCUCACUUCAGCCGUUUCCCCCACUUCCAGGGCCUUCAUCCCCAGCCUGCCCUGCAUCUGUAGACUCACCAGCUUGUUCCUUUUCUGGAAGAUCGCAACAGGCCCUAUCUGGCCCUCAAGCAUGGCUGCCCCAAGUAGUUUAGUAAUUGAGCAGAAAUUGAGAUUAGGAGAUUGUAGCACAAAUACUCUAGCCCAUCCUGAGACAACAAGACAACAAGUGAAUUCACCUGAA